UUGUCUACGCGAGUCGAUUCGGCUAAUUUUCUUAUAUUGAUUAAGGGUUUAAGCGUUUAAAUUUUGUCCAGCAUCGGCUUUGAGGUCGAAAUCGAGACCACUUUGUCUUUUAAGCCUUAAAUUUCAGGGCUCCAACCGGGUUUCUGGUGUUAUUCGUUUGUAAAUACUGUUAUUUGUAUAUACUGUAAAUGAUGACAUCAGUGGGCAGCAACCGUGCCCGGGGGAGCUGGGAGCAGGCACAGAGUCAGACACAGAGCCAGACACAGCACAAGCAGAGGCCACAGGCCACAGCUGAGCAGAUCCGACUCGCACAGAUGAUUUCGGACCACAACGACGCUGACUUUGAGGAGAAGGUCAAGCAGCUGGUUGAUAUCACAGGCAAAGACCAGGACGAGUCAAUGAUUGCGCUGCACGACUGUAACGGAGACGUCAACAGAGCCAUCAACGUGCUGCUGGAGGGCAGUCCUGACACUGAUUCAUGGGAGAUGGUGGGCAAGAAAAAGGGCGUUUCUGGUCAGAAGGAGAGCGGGCAAACGGAAGUGAGCGAGGAAGGGAAGGAGAACAGGGAGAGGGGAGGCGAACGGGACGGGGCGCGCCGGCGAGGGGGAGCUCCGCGCCGGGGCAGGGGGGCCAGCCGGGGACGGGAGUUUCGUGGGCAGGAGAAUGGUUUGGACGGUGGCAAGGCUGCGGGGGUGUCGGGACGGGGCACAGAACGCGGCCGCCGCGGGAGAGGGAGAGGCAGAGGGGGUGCCGGGAGGCGAGGAGGGAGGUUUUCGGCGCAGGGCAUGGGCCAGAUUGAUAAGGGGGCAAGAUAUGAUUUUUCAGGAGACGAGAGGACGUUUAACCCUGCAGACUACGCCGAGCCGGCCCAGGCGGAGGAGAGCUACGGGGGAGGCGGCACCUGGAGCAACACGGGCAACCUGGAGCCAGAGGAUGGAACCAGGCUUGAGUUCUCUGGGGUGGAGGGAACAAAUUAUCCCAGAAAAUUUGACUCUGCUCCCGGGGCGUGGAGGACAGCGACCGAGGAGUGGGGCACCGAGGACUGGAAUGAAGACCUGUCAGAGACUAAAAUCUUCACAGCUUCAAGCGUGGCCUCCAUGCCCCUCCCUCAGGAGAAUGUCACCAUCACUGCGGGACAGAGAAUCGACCUGGCGGUCCUGCUGGGGAAGACGCCCCCGUCUUCGUCCUCGGAGACGGAGGCUGCCCCCCUGGAGACCCCUCAGCCCCCCUCCCUUUCCCAGGCGCUGGUCUUCAGUAACUCCAAGCAGGGUGGCCCGCUGUCGCAGCCCCCCUCCAGCACCCCCUACCCCCAGCACAGCAUGGCCAGUAUGCUGAGCAAGAGCUUUAGCGAGGUCGGGGACCCCAAGGGGAGCACUGGAGGGACGACAAGCGGCUCUCAGUUCCUGGAGCAGUUCAAGACAGCCCAGGCGCUGGCCCAGUUGGCCGCCCAGCACUCCCAGACCGGGCCCCCCAAUCCAGCGUCCUCUUCUUGGGAUACGAGUCCCUCUGCACUGGGGCAGUACGACCUGAAGCCUCAGCCGGAGCCCGCGGUCCACGCCUCCUUCACCAAGCGGCAGCCCUACCAGCCGGCUGCCUCCUCCGCCUCCUCCAUGAUGGACGCCUUCCUCCAGGACAAAGGCCCGUCGUCCUCCCUGCCCCCGCAGACCGCCCCUGCCCCCAUGCCGCUCCCGUCCUCCCCCCUCUCCAAGCCCCCCGCCCCUGUCCCGGGCCAGCAGGUGUCCCCCGGCUCCUCGGACCCGCAGUCCUCCAGCCCCCAGCCCCUGCAGCAGCACAAACUGAAGCAGCAGAAGAAGAGGACCUCCAUCACCACCAAGAUCCCAGCACUUGCGGUAGAGAUGCCCGGUUCCGCAGACAUCUCUGGGUUGAAUCUGCAGUUCGGGGCGUUGCAGUUCGGGUCGGAACCGGUGCUGCCUGAGUACGACACGACGCCGGUGACCAGUGCUCCAGGCACCCAGGUCCAAAACAGCCUCUACACCAGCGCGAGCAGUGAACCUGCACCCGCCAUCCCCAACCCAAGUCAGGACCAAGGCUAUCAGGGCAGCGCUCUCCCGGGAGGCGGCCCCUCGUACCCUCCUCAGGCAGGGUCGGCGGGUGUGGCGGGGCAGCCCGCUCUGUACGAGCAGAGAGCCACACAAACGCGCCGAUACCCCCCCUCCGUCUCGUCCUCCCCGCAGAAGGACAUGCAGUCCAGCAAGAAUGGAUUCAGUUCAAUACAGACAACGCAAUCAGUGGAAGCUGCAGCAGGCUCUGCAGUGUCUGUAAAGCCAGUCUCGGAUUCGGCUACCCCAGCCCCUGUGUCCAGCAUGGCCACUUUGACGGACAGCACAGCAGGUCCCGCUUCCUUGCUGACCACAACCAAUCAGACAGCCCUCAGCGCCUUGGGCCACAGUGAAGAUCUUCCCCCUAAUUCGGUCACUCAGCCCCAGCACAACAACUCUCUCUCCACGCAACAGAACAGUCUAGCCCCUUCUUCCACAGUGCGCACCUCCAACUCCACCCUGUUGCACCCAGGCGUGGACAGCGAGUCCAGCCUGCACUCCUCCUUCCCCUCCUCCGUCUCGGCCGUGGCCUCCUCUUCCGUGUCCUCCUCCUCAGCGUCGGCCUCGGUGUCGCUCAGCGCGCCUCCCCCCUCCGUCAGCACGGUGUCGGCCCAGCCCGGCCUGGGCCCCGUCAGCAGCCUGGCCAUCGGCCUCAACAGCGCCACCCCGAUGGUCACGCCGGCCUCCUCAUCAUCGGCGACGUCGGCGGCCGCCCCCUCGUCCUCCUCGUCCUCUCGCAGCUCGGCGGCCUCGUCAGGGAAAGCACCCCCCAACCUGCCCCCUGGAGUGCCCCCUUUGCUGCCAAACCCUUACAUCAUGGCGCCUGGCCUGCUCCAUGCCUACCCUCCCCAGGUGUACGGAUAUGAUGACCUGCAGAUGCUCCAGACCAGAAUACCUCUGGAUUAUUACAGCAUCCCAUUUGCGACUCCUACAACGGCACUGACUGGCAGAGAGGGCAGCCUGACCAGCAACCCUUACUCUGCGGGCGACCUGUCCAAGUUCGGGCGGGGCGACGCCUCGUCCCCGGCCCCGUCGACCACCCUGGCGCAGCCGCAGCAGAGCCAGACGCAGACGCACCACACCACCCAGCAGCCCUUCCUGAACCCCGCGCUGCCGCCCGGCUACAGCUACACCAGCCUGCCCUACUACACAGGCGUGCCGGGCCUGCCCAGCACCUUCCAGUACGGGCCCGCCGUGUUCCCGGUGGCUCCUACCUCGUCGAAGCAGCACGGUGUGAACGUCGGCGUAAACGCCUCAGCCACGCCCUUCCAGCAGGCCAGUGGCUACGGUUCCCAUGGAUACAGCACUGGCUAUGAGGAUAUGGGCCAGCCUUCUGGGAGUGGGGAUUUCUGUAAGGGUGGAUAUAGCACUGCUGUCGCCGCCGCCGCCGCUGCUGCUGCUGCCGCUGCUGCUGCCGCCGCUUCUGCGCAAAACAAGCCGGCCAGCUCCGUCACCGGGCCUGGAGCCGGAGUCUCUGUGACGUCCAGCAACACUGGGGUUCCGGACAUUUCAGGGUCUGUUUACACAAAAACGCAGUCGUUCGACAAGCAGGGUUUCCAUGCAGGGACCCCGGCGGCCUCCUUCAGCCUGCCCUCGGCCCUGGGCAGCGGGGGCCCCAUCAACCCCCCUGCUGCUGCCGGCUACGCCCCCGCCCCCUUCAUGCACAUUCUGGCACCCCACCAGCAGCCGCACUCCCAGAUCCUGCACCACCACCUCCAGCAGGACGGACAGAGUGGUACUGGACAGCGCAGCCAGAACUCCUCCAUUCAACAGAAGACACAGGUCAACAAGUCGGCUUACAACAGCUACAACUGGGGGGCUAACUAGUGCCCCAUGUCCCAAAGUCUGACGGAAGCCCCCCAUCCAAGGUUCCAUCUACCCCUUUUCCCCUACAGAACCACAUUGUCUCCCAACUCUCUCUGUACAGCACACCUGCAGUACCUACCUUGACCACCGGUGUCGCUAUAAUGAGAGGGCAGGCACUAUGGGGUGGGGAAGGGGCAGCUGGGAUGGUGGGGAGGAGGGGCUGUCUUAAGAGGGAGAGUGCAGAAGGGUAAAUGGUUUAACUAACUGACCAGAGUGAAAGCAAGCUGUUUUAAAUGGGGUGAAUAGUGAGUGCUCUGAGUUUGUAUCGUGUUCCACCCGCUUUCUCUGUUCUAUGUAACAUAGAUCUGUUUUCUAAUUUUUUUUUUUUUUUUUUUUUAACUGAUGGGGGGUGGAGAGAGCAGGAGAAAGAGGGGCAAGUGCUGGCGUUUUCUAUUUCUUCCUCUCUUCCUUUGCUGCCCCUCUCUCUCUCUCUCUCUCUCUCUCUCUUUUCAUUAUCAGAAAGAAGUCCUCCACUCUCCUCUCCUCCCCACAAAGGCAAAAACCGAAAAGUUACUUUUCUUUUUUUUUCCGUUGCGUGUUACCAAAUUUAUUUUUAAAGGAAAUUCUCUAAAUCGGCAAUGCAGUUCUUGUAGUUUAAUUUUUUACCAAAUAUAUAUGCGAGCGCACUGGCGUGGGUACGUGCGGACUUUGUGUUUGUGUGUGUACACAAGGGGGUUGCCUGUGAGGGUGAACUGGCUGGUUUUUUUUGUUUGACAAACUGGGGUAGACCUGCCUGCUGAGGGGUACAAAGCUGGUUCUUGGGGUAAUUAGAGGCAUUGCUUCACCCUCCCUUCCCAUCUUUUUCAUUAGAAAAAUGCACUUUUCUUUUUUGGUUUUCUUAAAACAAUGCUGUAUUCUCCGCAGGCGAGUUUCUUUGUUACAUAAUUAAAUCCAUUAUCAGAUGUGUUUUGGGAUGUCUUAAAUAACCCAACUCUCCUUCUGCGCGCUACUGCUCCUCCUCCUAUUCUAAUGAGACUGACUGGUCAAUACCGGUAAGCUGUGUAAGGCACGGAUCACUGCUCCCUUGACCGGAGCCAUAUUCCACAGGAGUGACACGUCUCCUCAGAUUCCAGGGAUCCCCAAACCGUGUUGAGUGGAAUCAGCCAGUGCUUCCUCCAACCCCCAUGUGUAUAAGUGUUGUGUUCUUUUUCUAAACCUUCCCCUCCACCUUCCCCUCAUUAUAUUAUUAGGAAACUUAAAGCCGUGAUUAAUGAUGGACAGAAUUGUACAAUGGUUUUGUUUGUCAGUGACUAUUUUCUUUUUGUACUGUGCGUUCAAAAGAAUUUAAAUGGAUGAACUUGUCUUGUAUAUAUAUAUAAAAAAACACAAAAGUACUGUAGUCCUGGUUUGUUUGAUGGCUUUUUUUUCUUGAAU